AAGCGUGAUGCCCAAAAAUCAUCUCUCUUCUAGCCUCCACAUUUUUCUCUCGCGAUAAUCCCCGAUGUUUCCGGUGUUGUGAAUGUCCCUGGAAACAUGGCGGUCAGCAUCCGAGGCCGUCCGGUCCGAAGUCUUCGGAUGCGUGGUCGGAAUGACAGCGGGGAGGAAAACGUACCACUCGAUCUAACCAGAGAGCCCUCUGACAACCUGCGUGAGAUCCUUCAAAAUGUGGCCAAACCCCACGGAGUCACCAACAUGCGGAAACUGGGACACCUGAACAACUUCAUAAAGCUUCUUUGCAGCAUUGGUCACUGUGAGGAGAAGUUUGGGUUUACAUAUGAAGAAAUCAUAAUCUGCCUUCGGCUAGCGCUGCUGAACGAGGCGAAGGAGGUGCGUGCAGCGGGCCUGCGGGCGCUCCGGUACCUGAUCCGGGACAGCAGCAUUCUCCAGAAGGUUCUGCGGCUGCAGGUGGACUACCUGAUCUCAAGGUGCAUUGACAUCCAGCAGAGCAACGAGGUGGAGCGCACGCAGGCACUGAGACUAGUGCGAAAGAUGAUCACUGUGAACGCCCUGCUGUUCCCCAGCUCGAUCACCAACUCCCUGAUCGCCGUGGGCAACGACGGGCUGCAGGAACGAGACCGCAUGGUCCGGGCGUGCAUCGCCAUCGUCUGCGAGCUCGCGCUGAAGAACCCGGAGGUGGUGGCCCAGAGGGGCGGGCUCAGCACCAUCCUGAAGAACGUGAUCGACUGCCAGCUGAGCCGGAUCAACGAGGCGCUGAUCACCACCAUCCUGCACCUGCUCAACCACCCGCGCACCCGCCAGUACGUGCGCUCCGACGUGGAGCUGGAGCAAAUCCUGGCGCCUUACACGGACUUUCACUACAGACACAACCCGGACACGGCGGAGGGGCAGCUCAAGGAGGACCGGGAGGCGCGGUUCCUCUCCAGCAAGAUGGCGAUCGUGGCGGCCUUCCGGUCCUGGGCAGGAAUCAUUAACCUGUGUAAAGCGGGAAACUCCGGAAUCCAGUCCCUGAUUGGUCUGCUCUGUAUACCAAAUAUGGAAGUGAGGAAAGGGCUGCUGGAGGUGUUUUAUGAAAUUUUCCGGCUCCCUGUUCCCGUGGUGACGCCCGAUUUUAUUGAGGCGCUCGUCAGCGUUGAUCCCAGUCGAUUUCAGGACAGCUGGAGGCUGUCUGACGGCUUUGUGGCGUCGGAGGCGAAAGUCAUCCUCCCGCAUCGGGCGAGGUCCAGACCGGACCUGAUGGAUAACUACCUGGCCUUGGUACUGUCUGCCUUCAUCAGCAGUGGACUCUUAGAGGGCCUGGUGGAGGUCAUCACCAGCAGCGACGACCACAUCUCCGUACGAGCCACUAUCCUGCUGGGAGAGCUCCUGCACAUGGCCAACACCAUCCUCCCACACUCCCACAGCCACCACCUGCACUGCCUGCCCACGCUCAUGAACAUGGCCGCCUCCUUCGACAUCCCGCAGGAGAAGCGAAUGCGUGCCAGCGCGGCCGUUAACUACCUGAAGCGCUUCCACGAGAAGAAGAAGCGGGGGCCCAAACCCUACAGCCUGUACCUGGACCAAAUCGUCCGCAAGUCCUUCGCCCCGCACUACAGGAGAGACCAGCACGUCCGCGCCUUCAAGGACAUCUACGUCAUCAAGGACACUGAAGAAGCACUUAUGAUGAAUUUGAGAGACAGCCAGAUCCUGAACCACAAGCAGAACCUGGAGUGGAACUGGAUUCUCAUCGCGACCAUAUUAAAGUGGCCGAACGUUAACCUGCGGAACAACAAAGAUGAGCAGAUACACAAGUUUGUGCGCAGGCUGCUGUACUUCUACAAGCCCAGCAGUAAGCUGUUUGCCAGCCUGGAGCUGGACCACAGCAAGGCUCGCCAUCUGACGGUGGUGGGGUGCCAGUUCAUCGAGUUCCUGCUGGAGUCGGACGAGGAUGGCCAGGCCUACCUGGAGGACCUGGUGAAGGACAUGGUGCAGUGGCUGUCCUCCUCCUCGGGCCUGAAGCCGGACCGCAGUCUCCAGAGCAACGGGCUGCUCAACACGCUGAGCCAGCACUACUUCCUGUUCCUGGGCACGCUGUCCGCCCACCCGUCCGGCGUGAAGAUGCUGGAGAAGUGCAGCGUCUUCCAGUGCUUGCUGAACCUCUGCUCCCUGAAGAACCAGGACCACCUGCUGAAGCUGACCGUGUCCACGCUGGACUACAGCCGCGACGGGCUGGCCCGGGUCAUCCUCUCCAAGAUCCUCACCGCCGCCACCGACAACUGCAGGCUGUAUGCCACCAAGCACCUGCGGGUGCUGCUGCGUGCCAACGUGGAGUUCUUCAGCAACUGGGGCAUCGAGCUGCUUGUCACGCAGCUGCACGACCACAACAAGGCCGUCUCCAUGGAAGCGCUCGACAUCCUGGACGAGGCCUGCGAGGAUAAGGCGAACCUCCACGCGCUGAUCCAGUUGAAGCCGGCUCUGUCCCACCUGGGCGAUAAGGGUGUCUUACUGCUUUUACGGUUCCUGUCCAUUCCAAAGGGCUUCUCUUACCUCAACGAGCGAGGCUACGUCAGCAAGCAGCUGGAGAGGUGGCAGAAGGAGUACAACCUGAAGUACGUGGACUUGAUAGAGGAGCAGCUGAACGAGGCGCUGACCACGUACCGCAAGCCCGUCGAUGGAGACAACUACGUGCGGCGAAGCAACCAAAGGUUACAAAGACCAAAUGUUUAUCUUCCUGUGCACUUGUAUGGCCAGCUGGUUCAUGAUAAGACAGGCUGCCACCUACUGGAAUCUCAGAAUGUGGUUCCAGACCUCAGCUACACGGUGCGCUCGCCAAUGCUCGACAAGUGGGAGGGAAUCAAACAGCUGAAGGCUGCACUCUGGGCCCUGGGUAACAUCGGCUCGUCGAAUUGGGGUCUGAACCUGCUCCAGGAGGAGAACGUGAUCCCAGACAUCAUGGCGCUGGCCCAACACUGUGAGGUCCUGUCUAUUCGAGGGACGAGCCUGUACGUGCUGGGGCUGAUCUCUAAGACCAAGCAGGGCUGCGAGCUGCUGAAGCAGCAGGGCUGGGACGCCGUGCGGCACAGCCGCCGCCAGCUGUGGCCCGUGGUGCCCGACGAGGUGGAGCCGCCGCUGGCCAGCGAGCUGUCGUCCGUCCCGAGCACGCUCAGUCUCAACUCCGAGUCCACCAGCUCGCGCCACAACAGCGAGAGCGAGUCCACGCAGCCCACCUUCUACACGCCGGACGAUGAGAAGUUCGACGGGUCGGACCUGUCGGAGGACCAGUCGGUCUACCUGCGGUCCAAGCCGCUGAAGGACCGCAGCCCGUUCACGCUCCUGGCCUCCAGCCGCUUCGUGCGAAACCGCUUCCUCAACUCCCUGACCCUCCCCAGCAAGAAGCUGCGCAGCACCAGCGACCCCAAGGCCGGCGGGGGGGGCAAGCUGGCGGGCGAGCCCAAACUGGGGGGGCUGAGGCGCAACCGCACGGUGACCGAGCCCGCGCUGUACCCCCAGGGCUCCGGAGACGUCUUCGCCCCCGUCUUCAACGGCGGCCGCCUGCCCAAGAGCCCGUCCAUCUCCCAGGAGACCUCCUUCGUGGGCGGGAAGACGCCGGAGGAGGCCGGGGAGGCGGAGCCGCGGCUGCCCCGGGGCGGGCCGGGGGCGGGGCCCGGGGAGAACCACCGGGAGCAGAGCAGCCGCGAGAGGCUGGCCUGCGACGGCUCCUCCUCCUCGGGGGGCGGGGCCCCGUUCAAGAGCCGCAGCCAGAGCUUCAACACGGACACCACCACCAGCGGGAUCAGCUCCAUGAGCUCCAGCCCGUCCCGCGAGACGGUGGGGGGGGGGCGGGGGGGGCGGCGGCGGCGUGGCGACUCCCCCGGCGCCGACACCGACUGCGUGAGCCUCAACACGGUGGUGAGCGCCAGGACGGUGAAGACGCUGUACUCCCUCACGCCCCAGUCCAACCACCUGCCCCUGUCCAAGUCCAACUCGGUGUCCCUGGUGCCCCCUGGCUCCUCCCACACGCUGCCCCGCCGCGCCCAAUCGCUGAAGAGCCCCUCGGUGGCGACCAUUAAGAGCCUGGCGGACUGCAGCUUCAUGUACACCAGCCCGCGCGACGCGCUAGGCUACGCCACACUCAAGCGGCUGCAGCAGCAGCGCAUCCACCCCUCCCUGUCCCACAGCGAGGCGCUGGCCUCCCCUGCCAAGGACGUCCUGUUCACCGACACCAUCACCAUGAAGACCGGCAGCCUGGACUCCCGGCUCACCCCCCGCAGGUGCUCGAUACGGCCGCUCGGCCACUCAGCCCGCAGCCCGGUCGGGUUCCAGCGCUGUGCUUCCAGAACUCUCUUCCCACGGUUUCUGAAAGCGCUGAGCUUUGCCUCCCUGGACAAAGAGGACCUCCUCAGCCCCAUCAGCCAGACCAGCCUGCAGCGCUCCUCCUCUGUGCGCUCGAUGGUCUCCAGCGCCACCUACGGCUGCUCCGACGACUACGUGGGCCUGGCGCUGCCCAUGGACAUCAACGACAUGUUCCAGAUUAAGGAGACGCCCUACUUCCAGCAGAGGACCAGCCCCCCGGCCGAGGAGAAGUGCUGCAAGUUCUUCGGAGAGCUGGACGGCCCUGGAGACGGCCCCCGCCGCCCCCCCGGCCUGCGGCAGCAGCUGAGCAUCACGGAGCUGGUGGCUAACAGCCGGGCGGAGCCACUGGCCCCGGGGUCCGAGGAGACGGGCCUGCAGGAGCACCGCCUCGACAACUGCCUCUACUGCGUGGGGGUGCAGGUGCUGGGCUGCCUGCCCCACAACCAGGUCACCUCCACACACACCCGCACUGACUUCGGCGACCUCCCGUACUCUGAGUGGUGCGGCCAGCCAAUCCACAACCACCUGGAGGUCACGCCCCAGUCCAAGUUCUCGGGGAUUUCGGGCUGCAGUGACGCCGUGUCUCAGAGUUCGGCCUGCAGCACCCCCAGCACCGAGCUCGUCCUGGGGGGGAAGACCAUCGCGGAGGACGCCCCCGCCUGCCGGGUCCUCCUGCGGAAGGAGGUGCUGCGCCUGGUGAUCAACCUCAGCUCCUCUGUGGGAACCAAGGGUCACGAAACGGGCCUGCUCACGAUCAAGGAGAAGUUCCCCUACGCGUUCGAUGACAUAUGCCUGUACUCUGAGGUGUCGUACCUGCUGGCCCACUGCAUGUUCCGCCUCCCCUCCCGCCGAUUCAUCCAGGAGCUCUUCCAGGACGUCCAGUUCACCCCGAUGUACGAGGAAGCUGAGGCCAUCCUGUCAACGCCGCCAAAGCCCGCCCCCGCGGACCCCCCUCCCGAGUCGUGAUCGCCCCGCCCCCGUCUCCUCCCCCGCACGUGACCUCCGACCCCUCGCACGCCACGAAGCCCGGAACUCUCCGCCGAGCCCUCCCAGUUCAGUACCAGCCGCGGACGGAUGGCGGGAGGGAAGGGGAAGGGUGGACAGAGAGGAGGGAGGGAAGAAGGGAGGAGGCUCCCUCGCGGUGCGGAGGGGGACGGACUGCUGGGGUUUGUUUUCUCCUCGUGAACAAAACAUUUCUCUGAACUUGAUGCUGUUCCUGCAGAUGGCCUACAGGGGGAGCCGUUUCUUUUGUUUCUGAUUAUUUUUUUUACCAAAUGUUUCUUCUGAACGACACGUACGAACUUGAGCGACGAACACAAGAACACCCGACCUGACGACGCGAACUAAAAAAAGACACCCUGAAACAACUAGCACCCGUAUUCUGUGGUUACUAGUUGUUCUUUUUUCCUUCCUGAAGAGGAGUGUGUUCUGUUACCGAUAAGAAACGACUGAAGCGCACUCUCUUCAUCCCCACAUUUCCUGGCCUGGUUCGAUCCUGGAGCUGCGUAAACACUACGAGGGGCUCGGCCUCCAUUUUGGGAGAAAUGGACUUGUUUCGGCUCUUCGGCCCGUCCGACGCGUCCAAGCUUCUGAUCAAAGAAGGCCGCGGAGCAGCCAGAAGAGCCCUUAGCUGUCCAUGUCCGUGUUUUUUUCCGUUUUUUCGUUUGCUGGUUUGUGUCUCGACCUGAAUCCCUUUGCUCGUUUCCUUCCUGUGUCCUCCUGGAGCUCAGCGUUUGUGUCCUGGGCUGAGAAAGUUUGUCCAUGCCUGAAAAGCGAGGGAAAAAAGGUACCAGAUUUGGGAGCCACCGUUGGACUGAUCACGUUUAUAGCAGUGUACCCACUUUUUAAAACAUAGAAUGAUCUGGACCGCAGGUGUGGGAGAGGUGGUGUUCAGUCACUGAACUAAUUUAAAGAAAAAUGAAAAAACCAAAAAAAGCAUUUCAUCCCCUGAGACGUUAUCUAAACCACAGGAAGUUCUGGACUGUAAAGUGCCACAGUAUGGGACGUGCUGAUUGGACGGCUUGGAUAGAGACGGGAUUCUACAGACAAAAUAAGCCAUACCAAGUGAACUAUACUGUUUCUGUAAAAUACUUACAGAUGAGAUUUUCAUGUACGUGUGUGCAGAUAUUGACACAUAUAUUUACGAAUACAUACGGCACACCAGAUUCUGGGAGAUUGGAAUGGACACCAUCUUUAAAACUAUGUCCGUGGAUUCACACAAACACAGAAUGUAGGCCACUCAACAUUUCCUCUGGGUAUAAAUCCUCAUAACCUGACUGAACGUGGAGGUUCCGAUAAGGGAGAGGCACAUACUCAUUUUUUAUUAUUUUUUAUUUGCGUGUUUUGUUUUCAGAGGUGAGGGAUUAAACGGAGAACGACCUUGUCCACCGGCGCCGCUUUCCUCGUCUCUGACCAGCCGUCGUUUGGGAGGGACUGUAAGACUCUAGGGGACGCAUAGUGUUUAUUUUCAGUGUCACAAAAAAGCAUUUCCUCAUAGUUCACAGAACUGCUAUGCAACACGCCCCUUGAUUGAAACCACAGCGUAUUUGUUCCGAAGCGAUGGACAGGGUUUAGCUUUUUUUUAAAGGAGUUUCUUGGCUGGACCAUCAUGCUUUUUUUUUUUUUUAAGGCAGCUUUCAGUUUUGUUUUGUUUGUUUUGUUUUUUUUCUAGGUUAAUUCCAAUGAAAGAUUAUGCUUUAGAAUGGUUUUUUAAUUUAUUUUAGUAACUAAUGAAUUUAAGUCACUGGUACUUCCUUGAUGAGCUUUCGGCCUUUUUAAACCGCCGCAUGUUUGCUUCCUGGAACCUCGCGGAACGCCUCCCUUCGCCGGACUGUGGUUCCGGUCUUUUACGGAAGUGGUCUGAAAGUAGCUCUUUUUCAGAAAACGGUAAAAUACUUUUUUCCUCUUUUGUGUGCAGCAUUAACGUUGCAGUUCGCCUCUAUGAAGACCCAAAUGGCCGCUUAGGGCUAGUCUGAGUUAAGCUGGAUACUGCCGGAUCUGCUGGCUCGUAACGUGCAGCGGGUCUGGCAGCUCCAACGCUCCCCGGUCCAAAAGAAAAGUUGAACAAUUUCCACUUUUUGAACACCGUCAUCAGUAGUGUAUGAAAUGGAGAUUUUGGUGCUAGUUGAAACCACUGGGUUGUAGGAUCACGCUCCUGAAAUAGCUCUGCUGUACUGUUCGGUUUUCAGCGCGGCUCUGGUUCACUGUGGUGAAAACCCGGCUGUGCGAUUCGGCUCGAUGAUCCGCAAACGGCUUCACCGCAGAGCUUCGGUGGUGUGCGAGGUUCGGGGUUUGGAGACGUACUGUAAUUACGCGAUACAGUCGCUCAGUGCCGUCUAAACUAGCUGCGGAGAAGCCGCAGCCGGAGUCAGCGUUUGCUUCUGGCUCUGUGGCGGCAGUACUGGGUUUCACCGUCCCUCGACCGCGAACGCAAAACCGCGCUUCGUUCGACCGCAUUCUCUCCACUCCUCGUCAUUAAGCUCUAAAAAACCGCAUGCGCUGAUUGCAUGACCCGUCUGAGUGACAUCUUUCUUACACUUUUGUAUUCGUUUUACUCACGUCUUUUCCCAUGACUGUAGCAACGACUAAUUUAUUUCUGCAAAUUAUUCCUGUAAUUAUUUGACGCCACGUCUAAAAAGCGAGAACAAAACUAAACAAACAAACAAACAAAAAAGUCUGGAUUUUCGUGAAAAAUGGCAACCUCAGAAUUGGCAGAAGAAACACGAUGGAAGAUAAUAUAUUGAGGCCAAGAUAUCUCUCCAUUGCUGGCUGAGACCAGAGAGCGUAGGAAUAGUUAUUUAAGUAUUGAUUUCCAUGGAAAAAUUGGAGAAGAUUCACCUGUUUUUUUCCUUUUUAUUUUUUGUUAAUAUGCUGCUACACAUGUGGACUUAUAGUGAGUAUUUGUAGAUCACUGAAGGGACGUCAGACCUGAUCUAUAUUAUAUAUCUGUACCAUAGCCGAGCGAGAGAGAUUGAGAGAGAGAAGAUAUGAGAAAAGAAUUAUUUAUAUUUUUUCCUUACGAAAAAUAUUUCAUGAAGCUGUGUAUAAUUUAAAAGGAGGUUUUUUUUGCCCAGUUUGUGGUUUCCCUUGUAUAACGUGUACAGUACUUUUUUGGGCAUUAUGGACCUUGAGAACCAUACAAUCUUAUCAAAGGGAUACAUUGGUAAUAAAAUAUACAACAACUACCCAGA